AUGUCUGCUGAUAUUCCCGCUGGCGGUACCUGGUUUGACACCCUCAAGAAGUCAUUUGAGGACGUGCCCAUUGAUACCGCCAACGACAAUGGCAUUGCUACCACAGAGUUCCUUGAAGCUGCGGAGUCUCUUACCAGUCUAUUUGACGUGCUUGGCUCCGCCGCUUUCUCCCCUGUGAAGAGCGACUUGACAAACAACAUUAAGAAAGUCAGAGAAAGGCAGCUGGCUGCCCCUGGCGAAUCACAGACCCUUCAAGCCCUCGUGCUCAACGAACUGAAGACGAAGAAGCAUGUGGCCACGGAAGGCUUGGUCUGGCUUGUUAGGGGUCUCGAAUUCACCGCUAAGGCCCUUCGCCACAACCUCGAUCAGGGCACCGAGCUGUCCGAUUCUUUCCGUGACGCAUACGGUAAAACACUCAAGCAACACCAUUCGUUCCUAAUCAAGCCCAUCUUCUCCGCGGCCAUGUCGGCGACUCCUUACCGAAAGGACUUUUAUGCCAAGCUUGGCAGCGACGACGCCAAAGUCAAGGCUGCUCUUGAGCGUGAGGUGGCAGCUUUAGAGAAGAGAGUGGAGAUCCUGCAGUCCUUCCAGAGUCGCAAGGAGGCGAAGUGGUAG